CCUAAACACCUGCCGUGACGUCACCAGAACAAACACACCGACCAGACAAAUCAACUACGUAGGACGGAAAGGUUGGACAAAACUGUGAAAAUUCCACCCAAAAUGAAGGCUCUAGCCCUUCUCUUGGCGUGCCUCGGGCUCCUAGGAGUCCAGGCGAUGCCUGUGAGCGAUGUCGCUGGCAAAGAAUCGGCCAAGGCGAUCGGAGGGAUGGCGAACGCCAUCGCUAACAUCUUCGACCGUGUCGGAACCUUCUUCCCCGAACCGAGUGAGCUCCAAGAAGAAGAAGAAGUUGCUCCGCCUGAAGAAAUUAAGGAGGUGGAUCUUGAAGACGUCAAACCUGCACCUGAGAAAAAGGACAAGAAGGAAGGAACCGAGUUGGAUGACAUGUUUGCUAAGGGAGCCAUGGGCAUGAUGAAAGGGAUGUCUGACAUGAUGAAGGGAUUCGGUCCCAUGAUGUCCAAUAUGAUGAAGGACUUGGAUGACAUGCCCGACAUGGGAGACAUGAUGGACGACAUGCCAGGUUUUGGGGAGAUGAUGGGAGGACUGCCUGAUAUGGGGGAUAUGAUGGGAGAGAUCGACAUCAACCUGGACACAGACGAUCCUGACUUCAGCAAGGAAUCUACUGAGUCCAAGAAGGUGGGUGGUGACACCAUCGUCACACACAAGAAGGAGUCGAAGCACACCGGGAAGGACGGCAGUGUGAGUUACAUCAACACGGUCGACAAGCAGCAGGCCCGCGGCCACAGCUACAGCGUUGUGAAGGUGUAUGAGAACGACAACAGCCUCGCUGAUCUGUUCGGACCUGACGCAGUACCAUCGCCAACUCCGAUGCCUGAGCUCCCAGCGGAAGAUGAGAAUGAGGCUGAACCUGAGAACGAGGCUGUUUCUGACGAGACAGUUCCUGAGAUGGAGGGAGACACCACAGCUGAGGAGGAUGAGCUGGACCCCGCCUUGUUCGGUCCAGACGCCAUCCCAUCGCCCACCCCCAUGCCUGACCUGCCCAUGGAGGAAGUCCGCAACAUCGAGGAGACCCAAGAUGGCGGCGAUGAUGAUGUGAAGCCUCAGGAGGAGGAACAGGCCAACAGGGCGCUCUUCUUCGAGCCUCACGGCGAUGACGAAGCUCGCAAGGCCAUGUUCGACCUUGUUUAGACAAAUUCUACUUUUUUCGUUUUGCAAUAUGUUCGGUGAGGCUCAUAGAAAGAUUUAUUUUCUAUAGGAAUGAAUCUGCUACUAGAAAACUCUAUUAACUGAGUGAUGUUAUCGUGGUGCAAUGUUCUGAAGUAUGACCUUACUGUAGAGGGAGUUAUGGUUUGCUACUGCUGCUACUGAGUCUUUAUAUAUCAAUUCUUGUCUAUAAAAGAUUUUACCGUCUAGUUCCUCAUCUGAUUAUCGAUGUAACAAUAUCAAAACUUGUCUUUUUGUACACGGGAAAUGUAGUUUGUAUAUCCGUUCUUUCUAAAGAUAUGCAUGUAACUUCAGGUUAAUCUUUCUUGUCUACAAUUUAGUAAAUAACACAGAAACAUCAAGGUACUAGGAUGCAAAAACCAUGUCAACUUGUCAUUAUAGACAGUGCUGUACGAUAUUGAAGUGAAACUUUUUACACCCAUGCAAUAGAUGUAUGUAUUCUUUAACCUUAUGAAAAUGUCUAUUUAAGUUAUUCGGGAAGGUGGUCGGAAGAUCUGUACAUCUUUCUCUGCAAUAAAACGUCUUAGAAAAUC